UGUUUCUCUUCUUCUGCAGCAGCUCAUAUUGGCGUGGGCAUCAGCGGUCAGGAGGGCAUCCAGGCUGUGCUGGCAUCAGAUUACUCCUUUUCCCAGUUUCGCUUCCUGCAGCGACUUCUGCUGGUGCACGGACGCUGGUCCUAUCUGCGCAUGUGCCGUUUUCUCUGUUACUUCUUCUACAAGAACUUUGCCUUCACUAUGGUGCACUUCUGGUUCGGGUUCUUCUGUGGAUUCUCCGCGCAGACUGUCUACGACCAGUACUUCAUCACUCUCUACAAUAUCGUAUACACAUCGCUGCCUGUAUUGGCCAUGGGCCUCUUCGAUCAGGAUGUUCCUGAACAGAGGAGUCUGGAGUAUCCGAAGCUGUAUGAGCCGGGUCAGCUGAACUUGUUAUUUAACAAGCGAGAGUUCUUCAUCUGCAUCGCGCAGGGAAUCUACACGUCCGUGGUUCUCUUCUUCAUUCCGUACGGCGUUCUCUCUCACGCCACACAGAGCAAUGGAGUCCCGCUGGCAGACUAUCAAACCUUUGCAGUAACUACAGCAACAGCCCUCGUCAUCGUUGUCAGCGUCCAAAUUGCUCUGGACACGGGUUAUUGGACGGCUAUAAAUCACUUCUUUAUAUGGGGCUCUUUGGGUACAUACUUCACUAUCCUUUUCGCUAUGCACUCCAGCAUUCUGUUCAAUAUCUUCCCCAAGCAGUUCCAUUUCCUUGGAAGUGCUCAUAACACACUCGGGCAGCCAGUGGUGUGGUUAACUAUUGCUCUGGCUACCGUCAUCUGCAUUGCUCCAGUCCUUGCUUUCCGCUUUCUCAAACUGGACCUUAAACCUCAGCUCUCAGAUACCGUGCGCUACACUCAGCUUGUGCUGCAGAAAAAGCAGAAGCCUUGUGGUCGUGUGGGUCGUGGAGUGGGCGGAGGC